AUGCCUCUGAGUCGGUCCUUGUCUGUCAGCUCCCUGAACGGCCUUCCCCAAUGGGACGACGAACAGCUCCCUGUGGGUGACUUGCUAUUCUUUGAGAUCUCGUGGGAAGUGACAAAUAAAGGUUUGUGAGUACUCCACACCUAGGGAGCGGGCAGAGUCCUCUUUAUCUCAUGUAUCAGUCUGUGUUACAUUGUGUUAUAUUUUCCCCCAAUUGUACAGCACUGCGGAAUAUGUUGGCACCUUAGAAAUGCCAGAAAUAAUAAUAAUCUAUUAAUAUGACACUGAAUCCAUACGUUCCCAUCUCCUCUGUAUGUAAGUGGCACUUCGAUAGCUGAGUUAGUUACUGUGACGCCCAAAUCAAGGAUUAUCUUGUUAUUAGAUAAUGAGAUCAUUUUGUAAGACAUGGUUUUUCGCUAAAAUCUGCAAAAUGUGUCAUUGAUUUGGGAUGAAAGCCGGCGUGUGACCUUGGCACGGCUUUGGUAAAUAGUGAGAAAUCGAUGGAUGUAGGAGAAGUUGGGCUGAGACUCUGUUAGUUAAUGUGUGACCCCGUGGAUAUGUUUACAGAAAUUUAGUAAAAACACUGGGACAAAGUACAAACCCUCUGGACCCAGACAGACGGGACAUUUUAAGUACAAAUCAUUAUAAAUUGUCAAUUUUCUGAACUGCCGCUGAAAAUAUAUAAAUAAAAGAGAACUAUGGAAAGAAAUAAGAAAACAAAUUGAAACGAGAUGAAACCAUGAAAUAUAACGAUCACAUUAUGAUAUCGCAGUCAGGGGCUCUUUGUAGCUGUCAACCUGUUACUUACUAGUGGAUCAGCGCUAUGGACUAUGUUGGUGCUAUGUAAAUACAUCAGAAGAAGGACAGCAGAAUAUUUUAAUACCAUUUUACAGAACGAAGAGAGUUUUGUGGGUUUCUCCAUUUAUAAGCUUAAAACAUCCCCCGAAAGUCCAGAAAUUCUUCACAUCUGAUAAAUCGGCUUAGCACCAAGGAAUUUACCAAAAAUCCAAAAAGUGAUUUGUAAAAUUUGGGCAAAAAACAUAGAUAUUAAAAAUGUCUGGUUUAAAGUCACAGUUUGGCAAUUUACAUUUUGCAAUGUGAUUUCAGUUCAGUAUAAUCCACUGUUUACAAUCCUUUGUACGUCCAAUAAAUAUAAAGUUAUUACAUGCUGCAAUAUUCUGUUAUUUGUAUGUGAAUUACUAGACUAAUACAGCCAUUUAAUAACUAAUUACUAGUUACAUUCUAGUUAUUAGAUGUCUUCUACGUUGACAUUAACCGUUUCAGUACACUAGGUGGCAGUCUAACACCACGCUAUAUUGGGUCUCCUACUGUAAGGCUAAGGGUUAUUCCAGCGCGUUCAGCUGCUCAGUUUCUGGUUUUAUCAGUGUUACCCGGAUUAUCAAUAUAUAACAUUAUGUAAUACAAUACAGAGGGCAGCGACAGCCUUGGGACGCCGGCAGUCAGUUGUAGUUCUUUGUUAAUACACGCACCGUCAUAUUUGUUUGUAAGAAUUUAAUUUCCUCCUAAAGCAGGAGUUGGGAUUUGGUUUGAAACCAUUAAUGCCAUUUCUGAAUGAGCAGCCAUGAGUUUCAGCAUCAAACACAGAGUUUAGGAAAUUCAUGGCGCCGAAUACAUAAAUACAAAGUAAAUUCAUUAUUUUAUCAUAUUAAACACUUUCUGGAAAACGUACUCCAGCUGCUUUGUAAUCGUCCACGCUAGUUUUCAAUAGAAAAUGUGUGACUGACACAGCCUGCAUGGAAACAAAAUGGUUUCAUUUUCAAUCUGACAUUAACUUACUUCAUACAUUUUUAUAUCCUUCUCCGUAAAUUUUAAACCUUUAAUUACAUACAGGAAGCUCCUGUAAGUUCUAAGCAGGCUAUUAACAGAGCAGGAAAAUAAAUUCUAUAUUAAACAGAAUUUUCAGUAAAGGAAGUAUAAACAUUAGAUCUCUCCUUACAGGAAGUGCUAGGAAGGCUGUGUAAGUCACAUGCAGGGAGGUGUGUCUAGGGCUGUAUAAACGAAGUGAUUUAACUCCUAAAUGGCAGAGUUUUGAGCAAUGAGACUGCAGGGGCAUGAACUAUAUGUCAAAACUGUUUUAUUAAACUACAGUUGUUUUGGUGACAAGAGUGUGCCUUUAAGGGUAAAAUCCAAUCUGUGAUUAGAGCUUAGUUUGAGAAUGCACUUUUUGCAUAAACCUUGCGAUUCACUUUAACUCCCCCAAUUUAGAGAAUAAACCUCACUGUCGAGUGAAUUCUGCAAAGAGGAAAUUGAAGAGACACAUUUAGCUCAAGAAUAGCAGAUCUUAAAAAAAACAAAAAAAAAAAACCUUCUUCUUAACAGCAUUCUGCAUUUCCCUUGUGAUUUCCCCCAUCCCCCAUUUGGUCUAUGUUCAGCACCGUUACAGACUGGCAGUGACAGAGCUGGCAGCAAAGCUAGCCAGAUUGUGGGAUUUGGGAUGCGGGUCUCAGAAUUCCAUUAAUUACUCCAGCGGAGUAUCGAAUGGAUCUGGGCUCGGAUCAGCGGCAGCUAAAACUCUCUUUUCUCUUACAGUCGGUGGCAUCUAUACGGUGAUCCAGACUAAAGCCAAGAUCACGGCGGACGAAUGGGGAGACAAUUAUUUCAUGAUUGGACCAUAUUAUGAGCAAAACGUCAGGACCCAGGUGGAGAUCUGUGACCCUCCAGAUCCUGUCAUUGCUAAAGCCAUCGAUACCUUACAAGCCAAUGGGUGCCAGGUAAAGAAAGUGUUAGUUCACUGGCAAGCUAUCUCUCACAGUCUCAGCUGGUACUUUAGUGAGGGUUAAACUCAUCCUAUUAAAGGCUUUAUUAUCUGAUCUCUGCCCCUAACCGAAUUACGCAGAGCAAGCCUUCUGGAGACUCUGCCAAAAUAUCCCGGCGUAUCAAUCACCACGAACAUUUAUCAUAGUAUUUGUUUCAUUGAAUAGUUUUUAUUAAAUACAUUUCACAUUGUACAACUCACAGAGAAUAUUAAACAUGUUAUUCUUUGUUACCUUUAAACUUGUGACAGUGUAAUUCACAGGACUAAACUUAGUGAAUAGCUAUCUCUAGAGAGUAAUUCUGGGCUCGAUGAAACACGUUAAUGAAAACAUUAAAUCAGGGAUGGCCAAAAAUUUGAAACAGGGGAUCUACUUUUUUGGUACUUAUCUUAACACCAUCUAACACCUACCACAACAAGAAGACAGUCUUAAAUUAGAGGGGCGAAGGUUUAAAAAUAAUAUCAGGAAGUAUUACUUUACUGAGAGGGUAGUGGAUGCAUGGAAUAGCCUUCCAGUUGAAGUGGUAGAGGUUAACACAGUAAAGGAGUUUAAGCAUGCAUGGAAUAGGCAUAAGGCUAUCCUAACUAUAAGAUAAGGCCAGGGACUAAUUAAAGUAUUUAGAAAAUUGGGCAGACUAGAUGGGCCGUCACAUUCUAUGGUUCUAUGUUUCUAUCUCAAUGAAGUGAUGCUCUCAGUUUCACCCUUCCACAUUUAACACUCAAAACUGUGUUCAUAGUGACAGCCACUAGAGGUGCUUUCACUGCACUGACGCAGGAAACCUUUGAGUUCAGUCCUUUCCUAUGUGGAAGCUUAAAUGCUCACAUGGCACUAGUCACGCAUUAGGUCCCCUAUGCUCCUUUUUCAAUACUCGUGGAAGUCACACCUCCUCCAUGAUAAAGUAGGUGAGCAACGACGAGGGAAAAAUGUAAUUUAAACCUUUGGUGUUUUUUUUAAAUGUAUUGCAAUUUUUUUAAUGCAAGUAGGGACACCAGAUAUGUACUGGUUGGAUUUAAAGGGACACUCCAGGCUCCCACACACGUUAGACGCACUGUGUAGGUUAGGUUACAGUUCGGUACUGGGUGCGUUUAUAUUAUUAACGGGACAUUCCAGGCUCCCACACACGCUAGGUGCACUGUGUAGGUUAGGUUACAGUUAUACUGGGUGGGUUUAUAUUAUUAAAAGGGGCACUCCAGGCUCCCACACACGUUAGGUGCACGGUGUAGGUUAGGUUACAGUUAGUUAUACUGGGUGGGUUUAUAUUAUUAAAGGGACACUCCAGCCUCCCACACACGUUAGAUGCACUGUGUAGGUUAGGUUACAGUUAGUUAUACUGGGUGGGUUUAUAUUAUUAAAUGUACAUGUAACGGCACCCCGGGCAUAAAAGGGGUUAAAACCGUUUAGGAGAUAUUCCCUUCCCAGAUAUAAAGGCAGCUACCAAGGACACCAAUCUGCCGAACAGGAUGAACCAUACGAAUGCUCCAAACCAUACGAAUGCUCCAAACAGCCGAACAGGAAAAAACAUACGAAUACGUUUACACGCCAGACAGCCAAAUAGUAAAAUCAUACGAAUAAUCCCCCCAAGUACAAGACGCAGCUCCGUAUUGAGGGUCAGCAGGUGAUCUGUUUAAUCUGGGCUACCUGCCCGGUAUUUAUGCAGGUCUUCCACCAGGUGGACACUCCCAUAAGGGACCUGGUGGGAAACUGUGACACAAAUUGUACAUUGACCAAUAGAAACAGUUUAACAUUAAACACUCCCACAUGCACAUUAUAAUCCUUCCUCUUUAUCCUGGAGAUAAUUGGGAAGUAACUCAAUUAUCUCAGAGGAUACAGGCAAAUCUCCAUUUUACACACGGUGAGGAAAACACGUAAAAAUAUACAAUAUUACAACUACCGAACAGAAUAGGUACAUUCAACAUAUCUUCGAUAGCUUAGAUCUGAGCGCACAUUAUUACCGAAUGGCGCUCAGAUCACAUACAGUUCAAUCACCAUGGAACCAAUGUCUUUCACAUAGUCUUUCAUUAUACGAAUGGGCUCCAUGGCAUAGCUAUCUGGGAUAGCACUGUUCACACAAAGUACCGAACGACCCGGCGUUCGUACAAACGCAUGAGACAGUAGAAGGGAGGUCAACAGCUUCAGCGGUGUUCGUGUGAAAGUCAUAGCCGUUUCCAGUUCCAGGGAAUCGUCGACGAACACCACUGAGCAUUCGUCUGUUUAAGAUGGCCACUGCCACGUGUUCGGCUAUACGAACAGCGGCCAUCCUGCGUUUGUCAAUUAAGCUGCGGUUAACCGCAGCUCCAGGGAGGUAAAUUGCUGGCACACUCCUUACCCAGGUGGUCCGGUCAUUCGUCUGUUGGUUCGGUAGAUUAAAUUUACUGAACGCCCUGGCAGAAAGGCACGAACAAGCCUUUCUGCAGGGAGAAAUAAAGGUUUUUACAUAGGGGCCAUAAUGCUGGGGCAGCAGGCGGGCAACCUGCCUUCCCCAGAACAUAGUGGCGAGGUUGGUUUCGCCACAUCUUUCCCCUUUCCCAAAAAGACUAACAAGGUAUCUGGCCUCCUGUCGGUCAGUGCCUUGGUUAGUCCAGCAACCCACCCACAAAAUAUAAUCAGUAGAGUAGCCCACCCCCAAUAACUGUUUACUGCACCUGGGGAAACGUGUAACCUGUCUCUGUCCAGGGGCUCCAUCAUGGCUGUGUUGGGUACGGGUACUCCGGAUCUGUGGGUUGCGUGGUGAGCAGAGACCAGUGGUACUCUGCCCUGGUGCCAGUGCUUCAGCUGGAGUAGCCAGGUUGGAGCUUAGCUGGGAAGAGGGGGUAGUAGGCUCCUCUCCCUAGACCCAGUGCUGCUGCUGGAGGGGGAGACCGACUGUCUCCCCUUUUGAUAAAAAGUCCUGCUGCUUGGGAUCUGGACAGACUGUCCCGCACCCCUGUAGACCAGGCGCAGAGGCCGCGGUCCCAUAUGCCCCAUCUGGGCGAAUAAGGUAUCCCCUUUGGGGAAUAAGCUGCCACUGGGGAGAGGUGGUAAUAGGCUCCUCUCCCUGAAACACUCUCUGCCGCUGGGGAGGGAGACUGAUUGUCUCCACUCCCAAUACAGUGUCCUGCUGCUGGGGAGAGAGAGACCGACUGUCUCUGCUCCUUGUAGGACAUACUGCUGCUGGGGAAGGGGGACGAUGCUCUCCUUUCCCUGCGAAGGUAGCUUGGGAUCUUUACGGGCCAUCCAGCAUCACUGUGGUUCUGGUACAGAGACCAUGGUCCCAUCUGUACCAUCUGGGGGUGCAGUAUCUCCCCUUUGUGGGUUAAGCUGCCGCUGUGGAGAGGGGGUAACAUGCUCCUCUCCCUGCAAUUCACACUGCCGCUGGAGAAAGGAGACGCUGCUCUCUAUUCCCUGCAAUUCACACUGCCGCUGGAGAAAGGAGACGCUGCUCUCUAUUCCCUGCAAUUCACACUGCCGCUGGAGAAAGGAGACGCUGCUCUCUAUUCCCUGGAAUUCACACUGCCGCUGGGGAAAGGAGACACUGCUCUCUAUUCCCUGCAAUUCACACUGCCGCUGGGGAAAGGGGAUGCUGCUCUCUAUUCCCUGCACUUCACACUGCAAAGGAGACGAGGCUCUCUAUUCCCUGCAAUUCACACUGCCGCUGGGGAAAGGAAAUGGUGCUCUCUAUUCCCUGCAAUUCACACUGCCGCUGGGGAAAGGAGACAAGGCUCUCUAUUCCCUACAAUUCACACUGCCGCUGGGGAAGGGAGACGAGGCUCUCUAUUCCCUGCAAUUCACACUGCCGCUGGGGAAAGGACACAAGGCUCUCUAUUCCCUGCACUUCACACUGCUGCUGGGGAAAGGAGGCGAGACUCUCUAUUCCCUGCACUUCACACUGCUGCUGGGGAAAGGAGACGCUGCUCUCUAUUCCCUGCAAAUCAAUCUGCUGCUUGGGAUCUGGGCCGAUCGCUCAGCAUCACUGCCGCUGGGGAGGGAGGACGCUGCUCUCCUCUUCCUGCAAUUCAAUCUGCCGCUGGGGAUCUGGGCCGACCGCCCAGCAUCCCUGUAGGACCGGUCGAGAGACCUCGGUCCCAUCUCCACUUGACGGCUGGAGGUCCUCCCAGUACACCUUGACAAUAAGUGUUAAGGCAGUGGUGUAUCCUGGUUUUGUGCUGCCCUAGGCAGGACAAAACUCAGGCGCCCCCUCCCCCCGCGCCACCCCCACCCAACCCUUCCCCCCCGCUCCACCUUCUAAAUACACACACACACAGUCAGACACACACACACACAGAGUCACACACACACACGGUCAGACACACACACAAUCACUCACAUUAACACUUUUUUUUUUUAUUAACCCCCCCCCCCCAGCCUCCUUACCUUUGGGAAAGCUGGGCGGGGGGUUCUCUCUCUCCCUGGGGGUCCAGUGGCUGCCGGUCGGGCUGAUGGGCUGGCUGCUGGGUGGGGAGCACUUCCUCUGAGCACUCUGCUCAGCUUCCUCGCGCACCGCAGAGUGAGGCUGGGAGCCGGAAUAUGACGUCACUGUGGUUCCGGUACAGAGACCAUGCCCUCGCGCGCAGCUUGAUGAGACCGGGGCCGCAAUAGGACGUCAUAUUCAGAGACAGAACACACAGCUUCCCCUGCGGCCACCAGAGGAGCUCCCCCUGCGGCCGCCACCCAAGUUCACCCUGCGGCCGCAAGCACACCUGUCUGCCCACAGGUAGCAACAAGUGUGUAUGUCAGUGGGAGUGUAUGUCUGUGUCACGGUGUGUGUGUGUCUGUCUGUGUCACAGUGUGUGUGUGUGUGUGUCUGUGUCACGGUGUGUUAUGUAUGUCUGUCUGUGUCAUGUAAUGUGUGUGUGUCUAUGUCACGGUGUCUGUAUCAUGGUGUGUCUGUCAUGGUAUAUGUGUGUCAUGGUAUGUGUAUGUGUCAUGGGGUGUGUGUGUGUUAAAAUAGUGUUUUUACUCACCUUUUUUUUUUUCCCGAACGUCGUGCUGGUCUCCCCUCGACUGGCCCUGGCUCUAUCAAGCUUGAUGAUCUCAGCCAAUCCGCACUGAUACAGGAAGCGCCUCUAGUGACCGUCUGAGUGCCUGUCACUAGAGGAAGCAAUGUAAACACUGCCUUUUCUCUUAAAAGUCAGUGUUUACAUUGAAAAGCCUGCAGGGACAGGCUAUAGACACCAGAACCACUACAUUAAGCUGUGUGUGUGUCUGUGUGUGCGCGCGCCUGCUAGUGAGUGAGCUUGUGUUUUUAUGUCAAUGAGCUGAUGUAUAUCAGUGAGAUUGUUUGUUUGUCUAUGAGGCUGUGUAUCAAUGAGCUUGUCUGUGUCUGCAUGUGAGUAUGCUUACUGUAUAAUUAAACAUUUUACUCUGAAAGGACCAAUAUUUUACAUAUAUAUACAUAUAUAUAUCUCUAUCAUCUGUCCUGGCAAGACAUAGCCUUACAUAUUACAUGCGACAAUAUAUGGCACAAUGACUUAUGGGGCUGGCAUAGAUUUUUUUCCAGGGCUGCUUUGUAUCCCCAGUCGGUCCCUGCUGGAGGUCCUCAUGCAGAGCGUAUUUCGUUUAGUGAUUGUUGGAGUCUCUGUGAAGGUUAGUGUUAAGUUGGGAUUGUUAGCGUUACGAGGGGCUAAGUUUUAGAUGGCUUAGGGUGUGAUUAUGGGGUGUUUAGGGUUUAAAUUGAAGUUUCUGUGGAAUAAAGAAACAUCUAUUACACUGCUUUACCCGCCCUUGUAGGUUUAUUUCGGUCGAUGGCUCAUUGAAGGAAGUCCAUUCGUCAUUCUGUUUGACAUUGGGUCUGCGGCCUGGAAUCUGGAUCGGUGGAAGGGAGAAUUUUGGGAAGCGUGCAGUGUGGCGAUCCCAUUCCAUGAUCGAGAGGCCAACGAUGCUCUUAUAUUUGGGUCUCUCACCGCUUGGUUCUUAAAAGAGGUAAAUUUCACAAAUAGAGAUUCGGUGACAGUGAUAUCUGGCGGGAGCACACAUUUUCUGCUUUUUUUUAAUACACUGCAAUGAAUAUCCGAUACACACCAUAAACUGUUUGAACUAAAUGUCAUUUUGAUAAUAAUAUGUAAUAACUGCCAGAACUCCGACAUCGUCAUAUUCUCUCUCCAACUCAUUGCCGUCAGGUUUGCUCGGCCCGACAUCGCUGCCGUAUCUUUGUUUGUCCAGGAAACAUGCUGGAUGGCAUUGAUAAUUAUUAUAACUGUAUACGAUGAAUAUUAUAACACAGAAUAUCUUGAUUUAUCAGGAAUAAUGGAACAAAAUGGGAUCUCCAAGAAUUCCAUCACAGAUCUGUCACUACAGUCCAUUGAAAGGGUAGUAGAUACCUGGAAUAGCCUUCCAGUGGGAGCAGUAACAGUGAUAUAGAAAGGGUAGUAGAUACCUGGAAUAACCUUCCAGUGGGAGCAGUAACAGUGAUAUAGAAAGGGUAGUAGAUACCUGGAAUAGCCUUCCAGUGGGAGCAGUAACAGUGAUAUAGAAAGGGUAGUAGAUACCUGGAACAGCCUUCCAGUGGGAGCAGUAACAGUGAUAUAGAAAGGGUAGUAGAUACCUGGAAUAGCCUUCCAGUGGGAGCAGUAACAGUGAUAUAGAAAGGGUAGUAGAUACAUGGAAUAGCCUUCCAGUGGGAGCAGUAACAGUGAUAUAGAAAGGGUAGUAGAUACCUGGAAUAGCCUUCCAGUGGGAGCAGUAACAGUGAUAUAGAAAGGGUAGUAGAUACCUGGAAUAGCCUUCCAGUGGGAGCAGUAACAGUGAUAUAGAAAGGGUAGUAGAUACCUGGAAUAGCCUUCCAGUGGGAGCAGUAACAGUGAUAUAGAAAGGGUAGUAGAUACCUGGAAUAGCCUUCCAGUGGGAGCAGUAACAGUGAUAUAGAAAGGGUAGUAGAUACCUGGAAUAGCCUUCCAGUGGGAGCAGUAACAGUGAUAUAGAAAGGGUAGUAGAUACCUGGAAUAGCCAUCCAGUUGGAGCAGUAACAGUGAUAUAGAAAGGUUAGUAGAUACCUAGAAUAGCCUUCCAGUGGAAGCAGUAACAGUGAUAUAGAAAGGGUAGUAGAUACCUGGAAUAGCCUUCCAGUGGGAGCAGUAACAGUGAUAUAGAAAGGGUAGUGGAUACCUGGAAUAGCCUUCCAGUGGGAGCAGUAACAGUGAUAUAGAAAGGGUAGUAGACACCUAGAUUAGCCUUCCAGUGGCAGUAGCAUAGUAUAGGAGUAUAUAUUAGAUUAUGAACUAAUCUGGAUUAUUGGUGUGAGGUUUUGUAAUUUGUGACUAAACUGAAAAGCGAUUUUUAUUUUGGGGCAGUCAUUAUUUUUGUAUGUAGUGAUUUCCGAUUUUUUUCUGCAAAGUAAUUAAAUAUAAAAAUAAUAUUAAAACCGGGAACACGAUGGUUAUUAUAGGUCCAUAGAAUAUUUUCUUUAUUUGAAUGAAAGCUCGUCUUACCAUAAAUCCAAUUAAUAGGUUCUGUUACUUUUUCACUAAGAUUUAAAGGAUUAGAUUAAAAGAUUAAGUGCAAAUGACUUUUAUUUCAAGUAUUACAGAUGACAUUGAAUUGUCAUUAACGGCUUCUAUGACAACACAGCCAACAAAAGCAAUUUUAAUUUUCCAUCUAAGCUUCACCCCCUUUCCCGGCAAAUUACCUUAAUAUAUAAUAAUUAUAUAGAAACUGUCACUUUGUGGCAAUCGGAACCCUGA